CCACUUCGCCACGUGGCACCUCACUUGACGUUCCCCAAAAUAUCUUCUUGGCAUCUCUCCAUGUUCUGCUUUACUCUUUGUCGUCGAAUUGGUGGAUAGAUAGAUUGCUUUGCUCUGCUUUUGUGUUCUUCAGUUCUCUUUCUUUUCAAUCGGAAUAUUACCUUCCAAGUAUUAUGAAGGUUUCCAAGGGCAAAGGGCCAGUGAAGAAGGAAAAGAAGGAAGUGUUGAAGCCUGUUGAGGACAGAAAGCUAGGAAAGCGAAAGGCUGCAUUGAAGGCUGUUAAGAGUAGCAACAAACGAGCGAAGAAUGCUAAGUCAGCUAAGAAUGAUCCUAAUAAACCAAAGAGGCCUCCUAGUGCUUUCUUUAUUUUCCUAGGAGAGUUCAGGAAGGUUUACAAACAAGAGCAUCCCAACAUAAAAGCUGUCUCAGCUGUGGGAAAAGCUGGGGGAGAGAAGUGGAAAUCCUUCACUGAUUCAGAAAAAGCUCCGUAUGAAGCAAAAGCAGCAAAAGGGAAAUCAGAGUAUGAAAAGCUUAUGGCAGCAUACAACAAGAAAAAGGAAAGUAGCGAGGAUGAUGGAGAAGAAGAAGAACAGGAGUCUGAAAAGUCAAAAUCUGAGGAGGAAGAUGAGGAAGAAGAUGAGGAUGAGGACUAAAAGUGGUAGUGGUGGCAGUUUUCAGGUUGAGUUCCCCAGCCGAAACUUAUGGAGUUUGUAUGAUGAUAAUGGCUUUAACUACUCUCUAUUAUGCAAAAGUUUCAACUGUCAGUUUUAGUAUAAAAAGUUGUGUAAGGUUGCAUAUGUAUACUCGUUUAUUUUAAUUAAAGCAAUAUCUUGUUACAAGAAAA